GUAAUACUUGUUAUAUCGUUCUCAAAGCAACAGACUCUAUGAGGCCAUGGCCGGCUUCACUCUCAUAAACCCUUCCCUAAAACCCUCAAAAUCCAAAACCUCAAAAGCACUCAGUACAUGCAAUUCUCAAUGGAUUUGAGAAGGCUUCCGAUCUCCAAACCCGCUUCUCUCUUCUACCCAAUCACACGCCCCUUAACGGGCGUGACAUUCACCUUCCAACGCCGCCACGACCCGCCGCCGUUACAGCCUCCCAAUCCGGGUUUGCUCAACUGGGUAUCUUCUAUUCUCUCAAACCCAUCUUUGGAUUCUUCUAAAUGUGAAUCUCUCAUGCCCCUUUUGUCCCCUCAUGAAUUUGACCAGUUAUUCUACUCCAUUAGGUCCAAUGUGAACCCCAAAACAGCUCUUCAUUUCUUUCAUUUUGCUUCUCAAUCUUUUAAGUUUCGGUUUACUGUUCGAUCCUUCUGUGUUUUGGUUCAUUUGCUCAUUGCUUCAAAUCUUGGGCCUCCUGCGAGGUUGCUUUUGAUUCGUUUGAUUGAUGGGAAUGUCCCAGUUUUGUGUGCUGACCCCAACAGCAAGCAUAUUGAGAUAGCCGGCGCAAUGUCGGAGUUGAACAAUGUGUCCCAACCGGCUCUGGGGAUUCAGGCAUUGGAUAUGUUAAUUCAUGUUUACUGUACCCAGUUCAAGAAUUUGGGUUUUGGUUGUGCUGUUGAUGUGUUUGAGCAUUUUUCGGAUAAGGGUGUGUUUCCGUCUUUGAAGACUUGUAAUGUUUUGCUGAGUUCUUUAGUGAAGGCUAAUGAACUUGAGAAGAGCUAUCAUGUAUUUGAAGUUAUGACUCGAGGUGUUUGUCCUGAUGUUUUCUUGUUUACUACUGCAAUUAAUGCGUUUUGUAAGGGAGGGAAGGUGGAUGAUGCAAUAGCUGUGUUCUCAAAAAUGGAGAGCAUUGGUGUUGCUCCAAAUGUGGUUACUUACAAUAGCGUUAUCCACGGGCUAUGUAAGAGUAGAAGAUUAGAGGAGGCUUUCCAGUUUAAGGAGAAGAUGGUAAAGAAUAAUGUGAAGCCGAGUCUUAUAAUAUACAGUGUGCUCAUUAAUGGUUUGAUUAAGCUGGAGAAGUUUUAUGAGGCAAAUUGUGUUUUCAAGGAAAUGCGUAGUUGGGGGUUUGUCCCGAAUGAGGUUGUAUAUAACACUCUGAUUAAUGGGUAUUGUACAAUGGGAAAUAUUGGCGAGGCACUCAAGAUAAGGGAUGAUAUGGUAUCGAAUGGGGUUACCCCUAAUUCUGUUACUCUGAAGUCGCUACUGCAUGGAUUUUGUAAAAGUAAUCAAUUUGAGCAUGCUGAGCAAUUUUUGGACAAGAUGCUAGCCAGUGGUUUACCAGUCAACCAAGUUGUUUCUUACUCAGUCAUUGACUGGUUAUGCAUGAAAUCUAGGUUCGAUUCUGCACUAAAAUUCACUACUGAAAUGUUAUUAAGAAACUUUAGGCCCAGUGAUAGUUUGCUUACUACAUUGUUCGUUGGGCUCUGCAAAGAUGGGAAGAAUUUAGAGGCAAUCGAACUUUGGUUUAGGCUAUCGGAGAAGGGGUUUGCAGCCAACAUAGCGACCACAAAUGCCCUAAUCCAUGGACUUUGUGAAUCUGGUAGCAUCGAAGAGGUUGUUAGGCUACUCAAGGCAAUGCUUGAGAGGGGUUUGGCAUUGGAUAAGUUCUCAUACAACACACUCAUCUUAAGUUGUUGGAAGGAGGGAAGAGUGGCAGAAGGUUUUAAGCUUAGAGAAGAGAUGUCUAAGCAAGGAAUUGAUCCUGACAUCAACACUUACAAUAUGCUACUGCAUAGUCUAUGUAGUAUGGGCAAAGUGGACGAUGCUGUUAAACUUUGGGUUGAAUGCGAAAAUCAUGGUCUUGUGGCCAAUGUUUAUACAUAUGAGGUGAUGAUAGAAGGGUACUGUAACUCUGGUAGAAUCAAAGAUGCUGAACUCCUGUUUAGUAAGUUGGUGACUAAGAAAGUGGAGCCAAAUUCCGUUGUUUAUAAUACACUAAUCAGUGCAUAUUGUAUUGAUGGGAAUAUGAUUGGAGCUCUUGGCCUAUUCCAUGACAUGAAAAACAAGGGCAUUCAACCAACUUAUGCCACAUAUUUUUCUCUUAUAAAUAGGCUAUGCAAUAUUGGCCAUGUCGAGGAUGCAAAAGAGCUCAUUGAUGAAAUGAGGAGGAAUGGUUUGGUGCCAAAUGUCGCUUGUUAUGCUGAAGUGAUUUGUGGUUAUUGUAAGCUAGGCCAAAUGGAUAAAGCGAGGAGCAUUUUUCGGGAGAUGUCCUCAUAUAACAUACAACCGAAUGAAAUUACUUAUACUGUCAUGAUUGAUGGGUAUUGUAAGCUAGGCAACAUGGAAGAAAAAAAUAUACUUCAAUGUGAGAUGGCAAAAAAGGGAAUUGUCCCAGAUGCAGUCACUUAGACCUAGUUUUGCAAGCACAGGAAAGUGGAAUAUGCUUUUGAAUAAUGUGAUCUUGUCUGGUAAAGAUGUGCCUCUAGAUGGAAUCACUUAUGCAACAUCUAUUGACAGCUUGUAUCAGCCCAAUAGAUGUGAAUAUCAGGAAUCAUAUGGAAGCAUGCAAAAGUUCUAUUGCAUGGAACUAUAUAUUCUUUUUGUUAUUCAAUCUCUUUUUCUGGAGUUAGAAGCCCCUAUGUAUGUUGGUGGUUGGAAGCUAGAGUAAAGGUUUUCAAGGCUGUGGCAUAUAACAGAAAUACCUAAGGAAUUUGUCCACUAUAUUGAGAAAGGAGUCUAAAAAUCCUCUGGUCCCAUAUGAGGGGGCUCAAGUAGCAACUUUACUUAAUAAGAGAUAAGGUGUAGUGUUGCUGUUAACAGUUUUCCUUCCUUUUGGAUCAACAUAUGGAGCAGGGACAUUAAAGAUUGGAUGUAAAUAUCCUCAUCUCGGUUUUCCAAGGCAGUACAAUCAAUUAGGUGAUAAAUAGUAAAGCAAGAAGAUGAGCUUUUGCUUCUGCUUGUUCAAGAAAGUGAAAAGAAAACGACGACCAUUGUACAGAUAUGGCAGCACUUGGAGGAAGGAUGAAGAAUGGGUAAAGAACUUGGAAGAUGGCAGUCUGGCCUGGCACGCUUCUAGUACAACGCAGCUUUCAAGGCUUAUGAAUCAAAUGAAGAAGACCUGUUUUGCUUUGGAUGUUGCCAUCAAAUUCAUGUGGGAGUUUUUCAUUUACUCCACCAACAUGUUUGGAAUUGUGAAGUACAUUUUUAACAUCAGUCCAAAUGCAUUAACUCGAAAGAUCAUCAAUUGAAACCCCGAAAAUAGGGAUAGGGGACAGUUAAUCUAAAGGAAGAACAGGUCAUGAGAAUAGAGGGUUCAAGAAAUUGCAAAGGAAAUGAGGGUAGUAUUGGAGGAUAUAUCAUGGUUGCACCCCUCUUUUUAAAUUAAAAAAAUAUAUAUAUAUCAUUGAAAAAUUUCUGAAGAACUGCACAGUGCUAAUAACAUCAGCUCCCUUGUUUUAUUUUUUAUGAUUCAGUUUUGUUUUCCAUGGUGGUCCACUGUGUGCCACUGUGCCUUGUCCAUACCCUAAACUUCCAAGAAACAA